GAAUGCACUGUAAAUAUACAAAAAUACUACAACAAAAAUAUGAAUAAAAACUGGGAUUACACGCUCCAGACAUUAAACUGUGUGUGCACAUUUGGCUUUUUAAAAUAAGUAAAUAAAGGUAGGAUGGAAUAUAAAUAGGUACAAAUUCACUGCAUGUGCUGGAGGCUAUAAUUUUGUAUUAUUCAUCAUUUAUUUCCUUUUCCUAAGAACUCUGAAGGCAAGUGGAGACAUAUUCUGCUCAGUCAGUUCUACAGUCUGCCUGCAGCCUGUGUGAGUGUGUGUCUGUGUGUGUGUGUGUGUGUGUGAGUGUGAGCAGGCCGGCCGGUGUGUGUGCGCGCACAUGCUCAGUGAGGUUAUUUUUGCGCACAGAGGCUUUAAGAGCGCAGCGGCUGGAGGCAGAGCAGCAGAGAGCGGAGAAAGAGAGAGAGAGAAGAGAGAGAGACACCGGGAGGAGAGCGGAGAGCUGGCCCGUCAGCUGAGCGUCUCACCCGGAUGAACCAUCACCGACACGGCCGCGGAGGAGCCGGAGGAGCCGGCUCUGCGCUGGGCAGCCGGAGCUAGUGUCGGCGCAUACAUGCGACAAACUUCUCCUCCAUAGACUCUUCCUUUCCUUCUUAUUGUUAUUUUCAUAUCAUCUUCCCCCAUCAUGGUGCUGGGUAAAGUUCGGGCCCUGGGGAUCUACUUUGACAGCCUGAAUGAGAACAACCUGCCGGCGUUCUCCGGAGGAGACCUGGUGUCGGGCCGGGUGGUGGUGGAGGUGACCGGGGACGUGCGGGUGAAGAGCCUGGACAUCACCGCCCGGGGAGUCGCCAAGGUCCGCUGGACCGAGUCCCGGAACGCCGGGGCGAACACGGCUUACACCCAGAACUACACCGAGGAGGUGGAGUACCUGCACCACUACGACACGCUGAUCGGAGAGGAGAGAGACGAGGACUGUCCGGAGGAGGGUCUGACCGUUCUACAUGCCGGAUUACACGAGUUCGCCUUCAGCUUCAACCUGCCGCAGAUGGCUCUGGCCACGUCGUUCGAGGGGAAGCACGGCAGCGUGAGGUACUGGGUGAAAGCGGAGCUGCACCGUCCCUGGCUGCUGCCGGUCAAAGUGAAGAAAGAGUUCAUUGUGUUCGAACACAUCGACAUCAACACAUCACUGCUGCUGGCUCCUCAGGCAGGAACCAAAGAGAAGACUCUGUGUUGCUGGUUCUGUGCGUCCGGCCCGAUCUCCCUCAGUGCCAAGAUCGAGCGUAAAGGUUACACGCCAGGCGAGUCCAUCCAGAUCUUCGCCGAGGUGGAGAACUGCUCGUCCCGGGUGGUGGUGCCCAAGGCCGCCCUCUACCAGACCCAGACCUUCUUCGCCAAGGGCAAGGGCAAGCAGAUCCAGCAGCUGGUGUCCAACCUGAGGGGGGACCCCCUGCCGCAGGGCAAGAGCCAGAGCUGGGAGGGCAAACUGCUCAAGAUCCCCCCGGUGUCCCCCUCCAUCUUGGACUGCCCCAUCAUCAGGGUGGAGUACGCCCUAGUGGUGUACGUGGACGUCCCCGGCGGCUUGAAUCUGUCUCUGUCGCUGCCGCUGGUGAUCGGGACCAUCCCUCUGCACGCCUGCGCCACCCGCACCUCCAGCAUCAGCAGCAACUGCAGCAGCCUGAGCUGGCUGGGACUCUCAGAGCGGCCUGAGGCUCCGCCGAGUUACAGCGACCUGGCCAUAUCCGAGUCCCACCGGAGGGACUGUCUGCACAGCUGUGAGCGCUCUGAUGGAGAGGAAAACGACCAGGGAUCUCUGCUCACAUACAUCACAGAGUUCAGAUAUCUGCCACCGCCCAUCUACUCCGAGGUCGACCCGUACCCGGACCCCGUGGAGGUGUGUGGGUCCGCUGACGUCAGGAGACCCGACACGUGUCCGUCCCGCUGAGGAGAGCUCGUGAGCUCACAGGGCUUCUGCACAAACCCGACACCGUCAGCCUGGGCCCGGGGGCCGAGCGCCAGCUUCUCACCAGAUUAAAUAUCACGAUAAAUACGGCGAGACCCUCUCUGACCCGGGGGGAGUCAGCUGAGAGAGAGUAUUUGGUGACCAUUGAUGUAUGGACCAGGGAUUUCGAGCCAUGCUGGAUCCUCCGUAUCCUGUGCUCAAGAUGAGGCAAAAACAAAAAAAAAAAAAACGAGUCCUCUGACCCCACUGUUAGACUGAGGCUGGUCAGAGGACGCCUCCUCCUGCCUCACACUGAAUUUUGCACAUACCGUGAUUACUGUUUUUCUAUCGGUGGUUUUAUAUUCUGCAGAUUGCCGCGGGCCUAUAUGCUACAGUAGAUUCUGUCCAAAACUAUAUUGUACUCACAAACAAAGGCACAUUUAAGCUUUCUGCAGUUAAAGAGGAACUUUUUUCAACCUGGAUCUGAUUUUUACAUGUUGUUUCUUUUCUUAGUGACUAAUGGGAACCGUUUCUUUACUUGGUUUAGUUCAACAAGAGCAAUUUCCUGGCUUCAUUGUAGCAUAACGUCCACUAAAAGUGCUUAUUUUUGCUGAUUGUUUUUAUCAGUGUCUGACAGGUUUCUGUUAUUAUAUCAAUAAUAUUACCUCCACUCUGUCUGCAGCAGUUUUAGUAGAGUCACUUGCAGUGCUGCAGCAAGCUUACCAGGUAAAGAUGCAGGAAAAUAAUAUACAAAAUGCGCAAAAUAUCCAGUUAGGAUGCAUUAAAAUUUGGAGUUUGGAAGCAGCGAAAGAGCAUAUACUAUAUCAGAAAAGAUGCAGUAAAAUAACAUACAAAAUAUUCAAAAUACACAGUUAAAAUGCAACAAAAGUAUACAAAAUGUGCAAAAAAAAUGCACUAAAGUAGCAGUUUUAGUAGUCACUUGCGGUACUGCGGCAAAAAACAUUCCCUUGCAGCCAAAUUUUUUUUUUUUCUCCACAGACCACGAUAGUAAAGGAGACACACUCAGUUAUGUCUCUUUCUGUUAUGAAUUAUGACAAAAACUCUAUCCAUGAAGGUUUGUAAAACUUUCCUUCAGCGGAGAAAAGAGAUUUAAAAAUCAGCGUCUAUAAGCAGAGCAGGAACUCUAGGAAUAUUUUCUCUAACCAUGUUGUUUUGCAGUCAAUAUUGUCUCCAGUUUAUGUUGAUGUUUGUCAUCAAAUAGUGGAGAAAACCAGCUAAAUCAUGUUAUUUCGGUCAGUUCAGUGAAUAUUAAUCAAGCUGCUGUCGGGUUGUUACGAUAACGAAUAUCAAGCUUUUUUAAUUUCCCUAAAUCAUAUUUAUUCCAUGCAUUUAAGGGAAAAAGCAAAUGAAAUUUUGUUUGUUUGUUAUUUAAGAAAGGUGUUUUUUAUCUGUUUUUACAAAUGAGUAAAAACUUUAUUUUUUAUUUGUAGCACAACUCGUCCAACAAACGUCUAUAAAAGCUGCACCAAGUGGAACGCCACUUCUUUUUUUGGCACACUUGAAUAUUUUGAAUCUUCCUUUUCCUGCAGUUCAAGCUGUUAUUUUGCAUGUUUUGUAUCCUUGUUUUUACUGGAACAUCUUUCAGAUAACACUAAGCUAAACUUUCUGCACUCCACAACAACACAUCAAACUCUUCCCGGCGCUCCUCGCUCCGACUCUCUCUCACGUCUUCCAGCAACAAAUCACCUCUCGAGAGUCCAGUGUUUGACUCCUCCAGCUUUCAUCGCGCUGUCAGACACUUAGAGCACUUUUUAGUGGACCGAAACUGACAAAGGGUUGAAGUUUAGGCUGUUUUUGCAGCUGCUGCCUGCUACUUGUUGCCCCCAUAAGUCACUGAGACACAAAAAUGUU